AUGGCAGUCUAUUAUUAUGCUUUGAACCCGAUAACACAAGUGGAAGUAGCUGUACAACAUACACUUCACCCCGGCUACUUAUGUGCUCUUUAUUUUCGUCCAUACACAAGACAAUUCAGACUUCAGAAUGGAGGUUUGCAUUGGAUCAUAGUCCACGAUUUAGAAAGAAAAGAUAUUCCUCCUUGUGCAAACGGAAUGAUGAUUUUCAAAAUGGAUAAGGAAGAACUCUCUGCUAUGCCUCAUCCCGGGAGCUUUCUCUUUCGAUCAAUCAAUGCAUAUUUUGAUGUCAUACCAAGCAACCAUUAUUUUUCUGAUUUUCUGCUUUAUAUUAUAGGCCAUGGCACUGGAAUGCUUCACAUGGACUACAGAACUGUUGGGUUCACUAUUUCCUGCAAUAUGGAAAGAUGUAGAUGGGUUUGUAGGCAUUGGAGAGCUUUGGUCUCAUCACAUGACUAUUUUAUCACCUUAUAUGAUGAUCUCAGUAGAGCUAGUAGACCCCUGAUUCUCUUACAGGAUUAUUUGACUAUCAAGCACGGGCAAGAUCUUUAUGUUGUUGGUGAAAACCUUAAUAAUAAGAAGAAGGUCGCCUUCAAGCAACUAUAUCUCAGACCUGAGCUUAUGAUUAAUAAAUAUUGGGAUCACCAACUUGUUCUUACGUACUCUUGUCAAGGAGUUCUUCUGUUUGGUGACUUGAAGUGGCAGUCUACUUAUUAUGCUUUUAACCCGAUAACACAAGAAGAAGUAGCUGUACAACAUACACUUCACCCCGGCUACUUAUGUGCGCUUUAUUUUUGUCCAUACACAAGACAAUUCAGGCUUCUUUAUGCCCAAGUACGAGGCAGUUGUUGUCAGUAUUUUGUAUAUAUUUUUAGGAAGUGGACAUGGAGGAAAAUUCGCUCGUCCUCCUCUUUCAACUUUUUGUCAUCUGGUGACACUCCAGCAGUUGUGAGUGGAGCAUUGCAUUGGAUCAUGGACCACGAUUUAGAAAAGAAAGAUAUUCCUCCUUGUGCAAACGGAAUCAUGGUUUUCAGAAUGGAUAAGGAAGAACUCUCUACUAUCCCUCAUCCUGGAAGCAUGUGCAACUCAAAGCGAAGGCAUCGAACUAUGACUCUUUUGGUGAAGGAUGAUAGUUUGUGUUUCUGUAACUUGCUUAUCUCUAACUAUGUAGUGGAUAUAUGGAUCUUGAAGGACUAUGAAAUGCGUAUAUGGAUCAAAAGGUACAAUAUUGAUCUCUGUGAUGAGAGAAUUUUCCCUUUUAGUUUGUAUUUCAUGGAAAUUUCAUCCCUUACCAGCGACAUUUGUGGGCGGAUANUAAUAAUUAAGCAUAAAAUU